GGAGGAUUCCUGGUUCAGGUUACAGGGAAUACUUUAGUUUUUUUGUUCUGUCAGCAGGGCUUAGUCAAUCAAGAACGGCCAGCUCUGAAUCGGCGUGGCGUCAAAACAACGCUACACACCGGCGCUCUUUAUUACAGCCUGGGGGUUUGGAGAGAGGCGAGUCAGGCACCCUUCAAGCCAGAUUCGGUUACACUGCUGGAGAAAGGGGAGGGAUUCAGGGAAGCAGACAAAUCGAAACACACCUGGUUUAGGAGUUUGAAGCCGGAGCAGAAGGAGCAGGAGGCCGGGGGAAGCGGACAUUGGACAGGCGUGGGGCGGCAGGCUUUUGGAGAGUCCCACCUCCGGUGAGGGAGGACAGCGAGGUGCAUCUAAGUUUUACCAAGAAAGAAAACUACAGGAUGCGGACGGCUGUUCAGAUUCCUGAGGAAAGCUCCCGACCUUUAAAUCCACAGCAGACAGUGGUUCCACGGCCAGGACGCCACAGAAAACCCAUGACUGCUCCAAAGACUCAGAACCACAAGGCGUCAAAGAGGAAGAAAGUGUUGCUGAGUAUCCUCAUAGUUGUGGUGUUACUGGGUCUACUGGUCACGGCAGGAUACUUUAUCAAGCAGUUGAUUGAGAGCAAAUACUUCUUCUGCAAGCGCUCGGUGAAGUUCAUCCCGAUAGACCAGGCAUGCGAUGGCACAAACAACUGUGCAGGAGGAGAAGAUGAGACGUCGUGUGUGUCCAGUGUUGUAGUUAACACGACCUAUCCAGUGCGUCUGAUAUCCGAUAAACAUGUCCUGCAAGUGUACAGUUCUGGCUCGGGUUGGCGGAGUGUGUGUAGCGAGGACUGGAGCGACAAACACACGCAGACGGCGUGUAAACAGUUGGGAUACACAUUUGAGCCGAGAAGCACCAGAAUCCCUGUGAACAGUUUGGCCACUUCUCUCAGAACUGGACCGUUCACGGCCGUCAGACCGGGGACUUCAAACACAGCCAUACAUCAGGCCACGAUCGACCGCAGGACAUGCCAGUCCGGAUCUGUGGUAUCUCUGUCCUGUUCAGACUGUGGAGAGGUGGGCUCCAAUCCUCGCGUGGUCGGGGGUACGGAUGCGGUUAUUGAGGACUGGCCCUGGCAGGUCAGCCUGCAGCAGGGUGGGCAGCACACAUGUGGAGGCUCGCUGGUGUCGCCAGAGUGGGUUGUUUCUGCUGCUCACUGCUUUGCUGGCACUAAAAAGGAGCUGAGUCGGUGGAGGGUGGUGUCAGGUCAGACAUACCUAAGCUCGGUGGGAGGCUCCUAUGUGGACAGGAUCAUACUGAACGGAAAUUACGACCCUGCGAAAAACGACUACGACAUCGCACUGAUGAGGCUGAGCAGCCCGAUCACAGUAGGAGAGAGCCGCAGGCCAGCUUGUUUACCUCCUAACGCCCUCAGCCUCCGUGCUGGGACCACUAUGACUGUGACCGGUUGGGGAUACCUCGAGGAAAAUGGAAAGGUUUCUAACUCACUGCAGCAGGCCAGCCUCCCUCUGAUCGACAGGAGUGUGUGCUCCAGGCCGGCAGUUUAUGGCAACGCCAUAACACCAAGGAUGAUCUGCGCCGGCUUCCUGGAGGGUAAAGUGGACGCCUGCCAGGGGGACAGCGGAGGCCCUCUGGUGUAUCUGACAGGCAGCAGGUGGAAUCUGGUCGGAGUGGUGAGCUGGGGCGUCGGGUGUGCACGGAGAAACAGGCCAGGCGUCUACUGCAACGUGGAAGAGCUGCUCAACUGGAUCCAAACGGUCAUCGAGAAAAACACAUGAAGUCUUCCACUGGGGCAGCGACCACCAGACCGAGUCCGUUCUGGACAGAACGCCAACCAAAGCCUUUGUUUCUGUGUGGUUGCCUACAGAUGAGAAGAUGAAGAUGCAACUCAACAGCUGUCAAACACACCACACACACACACACACACACACACACACACACACACACACACACACACACACACACAAACACACACACACACACACACACACACUAAGGUACAAGCUUAUUUCAGGUGUUGGAUUGUGCCAUUUCUGGUUCUUAUCUCAGGGGAAAAAGUCUGUUUGUGUGGCGUGGAGUCAAAUGGCUCAUCUGGGAACUUUACAGCAGAAUGUUUUUGGCUUUUACUCUGAUAACUGCACAAGUCUUCUGUGAAGAUGAGAUUUGGACCUCAAACAAAAUGUAUUUUAAUAUUAUGUGCCUUGAAUGAAGGUGUGCAAUUUAGUUUAGUUUUUUUUUUUUUUUUUUUUUUUUUUUUUUUUUUUUUUGUGGGGGUUUAUUUAGAAAGACCAGAAUUAUGAAGCCUCAGGGUACAACUGGUGUGAAUUAAGAUUUUGGUGCUGAACCGGUUGACCUGAUGUCAAAGGACAAUCGCACCGUUUGGUAGCACUGCUGCUGUGCUCCCUCCCUUCUGCAGUACAAUUGUUAUGAGCACUUUAAGCAAUGAGAAAAUGAGAAUUACUUGACCUCGCUUGAUGUACAAAUGAUUUCAGUAACCAGUUAGUUUAAAAAGCACUGAAUGCGGAUGUUUCUCACACUGUGUUCAGCGUGCCUCCGGAGUCCUUGCACCAGAAUAUGCACUGUGGAGGUUUUAACACAACAUUCCCCCAAUGUUUAAUGUGAGCGACUACUUUUGUAUAAAUUAAAUAAAAUUUGACAUUUUUGUGCACUUCAAUCUCAAUAUCAUCUCUGAAUUUAAAGUUAUUUUUCCAGUUGUAUCUGUUUUGUAUAUAUAUACAACUAUAAAAUCUCAAACUUGGAUUAAUUAAGAUUUCAGGAUGCAUAAUAUAUGAUUGUGAACAUUUUGUAAUAUAUUGUACAUUAUGAAACAUUUGAACAUGAACGAGUGUCACUGUAGCUGAUCAUAUUUUACUGUAAAUAUAAUUUGAUUAUUUACCUGUAAAUAGUUUGUCACUUGAAUAAACUUUUUUCA